UCCGCUUAUAACCCGCAAUCUCUUGCAUUAUGAGAAAACCGUGGAAAUGUCUGUUCAAAACUUACCUGGAGCUCAAAAUGUCACUCUGUUAAUAGUGUGAUGUAUUCGAUAACUUGUCGAUAAAGUUGUUAUUAAUUUAAAAAAGAGAAAAGCGCGGAAAACAGGAGAAAGCAACAGGAAGGACUGAACGCUACUGACCAUGGAGCCAAAGCGGACUUCAGGUCUGUGUCAGGCGUGUGAGUACUUUUACGAGAUGGAUGAGUUGGAAGAUGAAGAUGAAGAUGAGCUGGAAGGAGAAGAGUCAUUUGAGGAGGAAAGUUUUUCCUUCGACUGGAGCUGUGGGAGUGAAACCAGCGAGGAAGACGAGCAGCCCCACAGUGCCUCUCUACCAAGUGCUGAUCAGCCAGGAUCAAAGCGUUCCAGGAGAUGCUCAGCAGGGGAAAAUGAGUGCUUCAUAGGAGAGGACUCACCUUUUCAUCAAGACUCAAGUAACGACCAAUCAGAUGAUGAGAGCCCAGCACCAAAGCCACAGAGAGGGAGAGAGAGAGGACGUGGGCCAAUAAGAGGCCAGUCUUCUCGCCCCAGAUCUCCACUGCUGACUGACAGUUGGAAAACUGGAGAUGAACUCGACACCGCUCCGCCACUGUUGAGUUUCAAGCCACUGAGGACCCAGGGCGUGCAUGUGGAACCCACAGUGAAGCACUCCCCCCUCAGCCUGUUUCAGCUGUUUUUCCCUCCAGCAGUGGUCAAAGAAAUCUGCCACAACACAAACAAAUAUGCUGCAAAAAGCACAGCUCACAAAAGCUACAUUUGGCAAGAUGUUGAUGAAGAGGAGUUUUAUAAGUAUUUGGGCCUGGUGCUGUUCACCUCACUGGUGAAGCUAACAAGCAUACAGGACUAUUGGAGGCGGAACGAUGUCACGUCUCACCCUUUCCCAGGAUCGAUCAUGACUCGGUCCCGUUUUCAGACACUGACGUGGAACCUUCACUUGAGCGAUGUGGAGAAGGACCGGGAGAAUGACAGGAAGAAGGGUGAGUCCGAGCAUGACCAGCUGUUCCGCCUACGACCACUCUACGACCACGUACGUGCUGCCUGUAAAGCUUCAUACCACCCAAGGAGGGAGCUGGCCAUUGAUGAACGGAUGGUUGUAAAAAAGGAAAAAUCAGGCUUCACACAGUACAAACCGAACAAAUGGGGGAUAAAACUCUUCGUGUUGGCAGACUGCAGCAAUGGUUAUACUGUGGACUUCACUGUGUAUGUUGGGAAGGCAUCUGACCCCAGUGCUCAUGGGCUAAGCUACGAUGCGGUGAUGAACCUGGUGCAACCAGGCUUUCUUGGCACUGGAUAUCACAUCUAUAUGGACAGCUUCUACACCAGCCCAAAGUUGUUCACUGACCUGGCAGCCUUGAAGUUUGGGGCCUGCGGCACCUACCGGGAGAACCGGAGAGGGUGUCCUCCUAGCCGGGGAGUCAUCGCCAGGAAGUCCCCUCGUGGUACAAUGCGGUGGAUCAGGCAGGACUCCAUGGUCUUUGUGAAGUGGAAGGACACAAAGGAGGUGUCUGUGUGUUCCACCAUCCACCCUGCAAACACUGGUGACACAGUGAGGAGGUGGGUGAGGAAGGGGGAUGGAGUGUUGAAGGUGGACGUCCCUUGCCCUACUCCAAUCAUGGAUUAUAACAGGUACAUGGGUGGAGUUGAUCGAUCUGAUCAAGUCAUCCAGUACUAUUUAGUGCACAGAAGAACAAGCCGGUGGUACCGCACCGUCUUCUUGCACCUCCUUGACAUUGCAACAACUAAUGCAUACAUAAUGCAUUUGGAGCUCGCGGCCUUCGGUGACCAGCAGAGUUUGUCCCGCAAAGACUUCAUGGGGGAGCUGGUGAAACAACUGUGUGGAGUUGAAAAAGCAGGUGUUCCUGUAAAGAGACAAACCAGCCAUGUUCCGGCUGCAUGUGCCACCGAGUUCAGCAGCUCCAACAGGGCCACGGUGGGGCGCAGGCGGUGCCAGCUGUGUGCACGGAUAGGGGUGCGCAACACCACUCCCUGGAAGUGUCAGGCGUGUGACAUUCCCCUCUGUCUGAUGCUGGACAGGAACUGUUUUGCAGAGUGGCAUGUAUAGGCCAGCAUGAAGCUGUGUCCUCUUAUUGUUUGUAAUUUAGUUCUCCAUGUUUCCUGUUGUCAGAAUAAACUACUAAGAAUGUUUGAUUUCUGUUUAUGUUGUAAGAGCACUUUAAAACAAAAUAUCAUUCAGAUUGAAUGAUUUUAGAUUUUCUCAGUUUUGAGUAUAUAGUUGGUUAAAACUGUAACAUUUUAAUUAAAUAACAUUUGAAUGUGUUACCCUCUUUGUCUGUCCUGGAGAGGAAUGUUUUUUAAGUGGCAUGCAUCGACUGAAUUUGAGAAACUGUUGUUGAAUGGCAUGCCUUGACAUAAAAAUCUGCCUGGAAAUGUAAUGAGUUAUUUAUGGUUUUUAUACACUUAUAUUUCUUCAAGGUGACGAUGUCAGGAUAAAUUUUUUAACAAUUUAAAGCUUUAAAAAUGUUUGAUCCAUGUGUAUGCGUUUGUAAGUAAAAAAU